UCAAAACAGGUUCUGUUGUCAAGAUGGAACACAUCAAUCGAUAUUUUCGAAAGUGGAAGAAUCCAGACGAUUUUACAGUGAAAAUGUUCUUGUAAAUCGUGAUCAAAAACAAGUUUUACAUUCUUUGAAUGGAUAUAACGUUGCUAUUUGUCGUUGUUGCAUAAUAUUUAUGCACAUAACCAUAAGCAACUGUCCUCCACCUGUUAUCAUUGUCUCCAUGUAGCGGUGGGAGGUUAUAAGUGUACGUUUGAAUUUUCGAAACAACAGUAGAGAACGUCAAAAUGCCAAGUUUUUCUACCGUGUUAUCCACUGAUUGUGUAUCAGCGAGAAUUCGGUGGAGGAUGUGAAAAGCUUUCAAAGUACAACGAUGAAAUCUGUGUACAAAUUAUUUUUCUUGUGCCUUAUCUUCGUUGCGCUAAUAAUACUGCUUAAUUUGACCAAUUUCUCGAAUAAAUUAUACGAUGCGCAGACCAAAGAGGCUGCCGUUUCAACCACUGCUAAAAAGGCUGCGUCGUCCCCAGCAAUAGGGGAAGUGACAAUAUGCGUUGUAGUCUGUGGAGACAGAUUGGAUGAAGCACUGACAAUGCUAAAGUCUGCUCUAGUUUUCACCAGUAGACAUCUACGAUUCAUUGUUUUAGCUGAGAACAAUCUGAUCCCUGCGUUCGAGGAGAAACUGUCCGAAUGGAAGCUAUUGUCGAACAAAAGUUUCAACUUUACCUUAAAAUCUAUCACUUUCCCCGAAGGAAGCGAUGCAGCUAUGUGGAAAAAAUUAUUCAAGCCUUGUGCUGCUCAAAGAUUGUUUCUACCUUUAGUUUUAAAUGACACAGAUGCUGUUCUGUACGUAGACACAGAUACUUUGUUUUUGGCUCCGCCAGAAAAGAUUUGGGAUGAAUUCAAGAAGAUGAAUUCAAGUCAAUUGGCAGCUUUAAGUCCAGAGCACGAAGACCCCAACACAGGAUGGUACAACAGAUUUGCAAAGCAUCCAUAUUAUGGAAAAUUGGGUGUGAAUUCUGGAGUGAUGUUAAUGAAUUUGACAAGAAUGCGAGAAUUCCAUUGGAUAGACUAUGUGAUACCCAUUCACAAGGAAUAUAAAUUGAAGAUAACAUGGGGAGAUCAAGAUAUAAUUAAUAUUAUAUUUCAUUACCACCCUGAGAAACUUUAUGUGUACUCUUGCAGAUACAAUUACAGACCAGAUCAUUGCAUGUACAUGCCUGUUUGUACCAAGGCAGAAAAAGAGGGAGCCUUAGUAUUACACGGGUCUAGAGGAACAUUUCAUUCCCAGAAGCAGCCGCCAUUUAAAGCUAUUUAUAAGGCUAUGCAAGAGUAUCAAUUGAACACAGACCCAUACGAUUAUUUAUUGCUUCCAAUGAGGAAUCACUUGGCUUCAGCGCACAGAUCGAACUGUGGCAAUGUGUGGAAAGUAUUCAUUAUACAGCCGGAACUACAUUUAGGACAACAAUAAUACUCAAUGUCUUCCUCGACGAAAGCAAUAACGCGUAGAACAUAGACACUUUCGAUUAGUAAUUAUUUUAUUAUUGUUUGAACAAUUUUUCAAUUUUUUGGUCAAUAUUAAUAGAGCUACCAUAGCUUAAACAGUUCUACACGUUAAUGUAAAUCCUCUCAAUAGACUGAUCGUAUUUGAUAGUGCAUUCUCAUUUUAUUUGUUAACAAGUGCGCUGUGAUUGUUACUGUUUAACACGAUGUAACUCGAACCACGUGUCAUUACAAUUUUAUCUAAGAUCUUUCAAACAUUACUCAUCUGAUAGAUAUAGAAUAAUGAAUUUCGGAGUUUUCUUAUACUUAAUAAGUAUUGUUUUACAUGCAAUUUCGAAUACUUUUUGAAUAUAUAUUUACUACUGUUACACAUAGAAUCUCGACAAAAUUUUAUACAAAUUUUGUGUGUGCACUUAUAAUGUUAAACGUUUUAUAUAUAGGGUCGGGUCUAAUUCACCAAAAAGAGCGUCCUUCUUUUUGUAGAAAAGUAAAAGGAAAAAUGUCAAAUAAAAUUUCCUUACACUAGCUUGUGUUUUCUAGUAAAUAGAUCUUGUAUUUGAUUCGUUUAACCUUUUAAGCUAUUCAUAAGUGUGUGUAGCUUUAAUUGUAACUUUAAAGCGUACGAUUUUCCACGAGGGGGAGGGGUUUGAAAUUUUUAUAUAUUUUGAUUUGUAAUAAACUAUUCAUGAAAAGAAA